AUAUAUAAUUUAAGCAUGAUAAGUAUUCCUCAAAUUAAUUUUAUCAGGUAGGAACUAGUGAUUUUAGUACUGUUUCCCGGGUCCCCUUUUCUGGUUACCACGGAUGGGAGCUCCAAACGUGAAAGGACAUUUCAAGAAACAAAAAUGAACCAAUUUACAUACUGGACUAAGUUUGUGGCAAGAAAUCGUGUACUUUACGUGCACGAGUCAUUAUUUGUAUCAAAUAAUUGUGACAAUGUUUUCAGAAUCUUAAACAAAGUUGGAUUGAAGGCUUUCUCCACAAAUUCCGUCCGAUUCUGUGAAAAAAAAGACAAUGUUGUCACAUCAACUCAACUAAACGAAGGAGAAAGCCAAACGAAACAGCCAGAACAAAAAGAGGAGCAACAUGUCUUAAAGGCAGAUGAUGGAGGGACUGUGAGUGACCAGGCAAAUGAUAAACCUGAACAGAUUCUGGCAAAAUCACCUCAGCCUGAGGCGGAGACAGUAAAGAGUGGGAAAGAAAGCCUCCUGGACCUACUUGGAGCCAUGAAAGUGGAAGUGACCAAUAAAAGAAAGCUUAAAAAUAUGAAGAUAAAGCAAAGUUUUGAGUCAGCUACACAGUACAACUCCAAGCCAGAAGGUAUGGAAAGCACCAUCAGUAUGUUUCAGAAGGCAACAGAGGAGGCAUCAUCACAGAGUGAAACUCUGAAUUCCGACUUGGUUGCUGCCGCAUCUGCUGCCGCCGCCACUCUUCCCAACCGCAGUCAGGCGGAGUCUGAGCUCCUCAGGCAGCUGAGGCAGCGCAAAGCUCUCAGUGAGGCGCAGAAGAGAGGCGACAUGAAAAAUAUUGGAGUGAUUAUUGCCGACAUGAAGGUUGGAAAGAAUUCAAAUCGCCAGAACGCUUGGCCUUCCGAUCAGAUUCGUUUUGACGACGAUGGGCGAGGAUACACGCACGAUAGAGGAAUCACUAGUGAGCUGGCUGGUGUGCGGAAAUGGAGAAAUGUGUUCCAGGCUAAAAGGCUAAGCAUAUUUUCCCCUGCUACUGAGAAAGAUGGAGUGAAGCCAGCCCUGGCCAAACCAACUCUUUGGGACAUGGAUUUUGCACAUCAGCUGUGUCAGUCAACAAACCAAAUGCCACGCAAUGGAUUUGAGGAAAUGAUCCAGUGGACCAAAGAGGGAAAGGUUUGGCAGUACCCAAUCGACAACGAAAUUGGCCUGGAAGAGGAAGCCAGCGUCCCGUUCCACGAACACAUCUUCUUGAACAAGCACUUGGAGCAGGGUUUCCCUCGGCAGGGGCCGGUGCGGCACUUCAUGGAGCUGGUGGUGGCCGGACUGGCCAGAAACCCCUACCUGACCGUGCAGCAGAAGAAGGAGCACAUCGAUUGGUUUAGAGACUACUUCCAUCAAAAAGAGGACGUCCUUAAUGAGGCGGAUGUUUACCUCACGUAAACUCAAGAUGGUCAAAGUUUAUCGUCUUUUAGAUGUGGACACAAAAUAUAAAACAGCGUGAACGUAAACAUUCUCAUUUCUUCCUGGAAACCAGUGAAACUGGACUUAAAGUGAUUUUUUUUUUCUAUGUUACACUAUAUACGAAACCUGGAUUGCAGGCAGAAAAAUGCGAUAUGUUGCUGUUCAUAUAAGUAAAAGUAAAAUGAUGGCUUUGCUUCUUUAUUGA